CUCCCGGUGCGGUGACGAACGGCGUCCGGGCUCCUUCCGCCGCGCACGCAGCCGAGGGGGGAGGGCUGAGAGGCGCCAUGGUGGGCCCGGGGCCGGGCGGUGGGGCUCCGCUGGAGAACGCCAACCCGCUCAUCUACCGCCGCUCGGGGGAGCGGCCGGUGACGGCGCGGGAGGAGGACGAUGAGCUGCCCGACAUCAUUGACGACCGCGAGAUCUUCGAUCUCAUUCGCUCCAUUAACGACCCCGAGCACCCCCUCACGCUGGAGGAGCUGAACGUCGUCGAGCAAGUGCGAGUGAAGGUGAACGACGCAGAAAGCACGGUGUCAGUGGAGUUCACCCCCACCAUUCCUCACUGCAGCAUGGCCACCUUAAUCGGGCUCUCCAUAAAAGUAAAAUUGAUUAGGUCUCUGCCUGAGAGAUUUAAGCUGGAUGUUCAUAUUACACCAGGAACACACGUCUCUGAGCAUGCAGUUAAUAAACAGCUUGCUGAUAAAGAACGUGUAGCAGCUGCUUUGGAAAACUCUCACUUACUGGAAGUGGUGAAUCAGUGUUUGUCUGCUCGAUCAUAAUCGCCCGAUGGGAAAAUUAUUGGUAUUUUACUAUAUUAAACAGAUCUUGUAUGUAAGUGCUGACGCUGGUGUUAUAAUAUACAUAUAUCUGUGUUCAAAAUAAAAUCAUAAUGAUUUU